CGGAUGUUUCCGGCAUGAUCGUUGUUUGACAGAUCAGGACGGAUCCACGCUUUCAGUGGCGAUUGUUGAUGGCCCAGCUGUGCGUUGAGGUAGAAUGGGACAGAGCACAUCGGGCCAAGAGUCCGCAGAGCCUCCAGAGAAGGAGGGAUAUGGAAACAUCAAGUCUUUAGUGGAUGAUCAGCUACAGACAAGCAUGGUGAUGGGAAUCGUGAUCGGUGCUGGGGUGGCCAUCGUUCUCAUCGCUGUCCUCCUAUUUUUUGUCCUGCGCAGGAUGCAGCUCCGCAAACUUGAGGCUCAGGAAGCCCCGAAAUAUCGUUUUCGUAAAAGAGACAAAGUAUUGUUUUACGGGAGGAAGAUUAUGAGGAAGGUCUCUCAGUCUACCUCCUCUCUGGUGGGCUCCACCUCCUUCUCCAGGCCCCGCCUCAAAAAGAAACAAAAGAUGCUGAACAUUGCCAAAAAGAUCCUGCGCUUUAAGAAGGAAGUGCCCACUCUGCAGAUGAAGGAGCCUCCUCCCUCAGUGCUGGAAGCAGAUCUCACAGAGUUCGACGUUGCCAAUUCUCACCUGCCAUCUGAAGUGCUCUACAUGCUCAAGAACGUCCGUGUGUUGGGCCACUUUGAGAAGCCGUUGUUUCUGGAGCUGUGUAAGCACAUGGUGUUUCUACAGUUCCAGCAGGGUGAAUAUGUCUUUAGACCCGGUCAGCCUGACAGCAGUAUAUAUGUGGUACAGGACGGCAAGCUGGAGUUAUGUCUUACUGGACAGGAUGGGAAGGAUGGAGUGGUGAAAGAGGUUUACCCUGGGGACAGUGUCCACAGUCUGCUGAGCAUCCUUGAUGUCAUCACAGGUCACCAGCGACCAUAUAAGACAGUGUCAGCGAGAGCAGCAGAAGUGUCCACUGUCCUCAGACUGCCUGUGGAGGCCUUCCUGUCCAUCUUUGAGAAAUACCCAGAAAGCCUUGUGCGAGUGGUGCAGAUCAUCAUGGUGCGUCUUCAGAGAGUGACGGUUCUGGCCCUGCACAACUACCUGGGGCUCACCAAUGAACUCUUCAGCCAUGACAUGCAGCCUCGUCCCUCACCUCUCUCUCCUCAUCCGACACGCUCCAGCCCUGUACGACACAGCAAACGGUUCGGCAGCCUCACUGUCCCUGACAAACACCGUGAGGCCGCCGUCCAGAAUGCAGCAGCUGGGGAUUAUGGGAAGGAUGCUGGCACAAUCCCGACUCUCAGUAGGACCAUAUCCAUGCCUAUAGACAUUGCAGGCAUGCAGAAGAGUCUACGUUCAGAUUUUGACAUGGCUUAUGAGAGAGGCCGUAUCUCUGUAUCUGCCGAGGACGGCACACCUACCCCACCUACUUUCACAAGAGAUCAGCGGGAGAGGAAGGUGACUGUGGAUGAGGUUCCGUCAGGUGUGUAUCUGUAUCCCGAGGAAGAGUCAGGGAUGGAGAAUGUUUAUGGCCCGUUUCCAGGACGACCCAAUGCCACACUGUUCGAGGAGGCCCAGAAAGAGAUUCUCAAGCUCAUGAGGAUUGAGGACCCUGCGUUGCUGAAUGGAAGAGUGAUGCUUCAUCAUGCUAAAGCUGGAUCUGUGUUAGCCCGACAGGGAGACCAGGAUGUGAGUCUGCAUUUUGUCCUCUCGGGUUGUCUUCACGUCUAUCAGAAGAUGAUUGGCAAGCAGGAAGCGGUGUGUCUGUUCGUGACCCAGCCGGGCGAGAUGGUGGGUCAGCUGGCUGUUCUGACAGGAGAGCCACUCAUCUUCACUAUCAAAGCAGAGAGAGACUGCACCUUCCUGAAGAUCUCCAAAUCCGAUUUCUAUGAGAUCAUGCGCGAGCAGCCGAGUGUAGUUCUCAGCGCAGCUCACACUGUUGCUAUUCGCAUGUCACCGUUUGUUCGGCAGAUGGAUUUCGCCAUCGACUGGAUGGCUGUGGAGGCAGGACGCGCCCUGUACCGGCAAGACGAUCAGUCUGAUUGUACCUACAUUGUGCUUAAUGGUCGAUUGCGUUCCGUCAUUCGGAAAGCCAAUGGGAAGAAGGAGCUGGUCGGGGAGUACGGACGAGGAGAUCUCAUUGGAGUGGUGGAGGCUUUGACACGUCAGCCUCGUGCUACCACAGUUCAUGCAGUCAGAGACACUGAGCUAGUGAAGCUUCCAGAAGGAACGCUCAACAAUAUAAAGAGAAGAUACCCGCAGGUGGUGACCCGCUUGAUCCAUUUGCUGGGGCAGAAGAUUUUGGGGAACCUUCAACAGCCCCGUGGACCUUUCUCAAGCUCUACUCUGGGUCUACCCAGCAUGGCUUCCAGUCCAGACGUCACUAACCCAGCCAGUAAUCUCUCCACUGUGGCAGUACUUCCUGUUUGCGAUGAUGUGCCCAUCAAUGCCUUCAAUCUGGAGCUUAGCCAUGCCCUCAGUGCUAUAGGACCGACCCUUCUGCUCACCAGUGACAUCAUCAAAGAGCGACUCGGAGCUUCUGCUUUGGAUAGUAUUCAUGAGUACAGGUUGUCAGGUUGGCUGGCUCAGCAGGAGGACAUUAAUCGUAUAGUACUGUAUCAGACAGACAGCAGUAUGACUCCAUGGACUCAGCGCUGUAUCAGACAAGCUGACUGCAUCCUCAUUGUGGGGCUUGGGGACCAGGAACCUGCACUCGGAGAGGUGGAGCAGAUGUUGGAGAACACAGCAGUACGGGCCCUGAAGCAGUUAGUUCUGCUGCAUCGUGAGGAUGGACCGGGCCCCUCUAGAACAGUUGAAUGGCUGAACAUGCGAAGCUGGUGCUCUGGACACCUUCACCUGAGGUGCCCCCGUAGAGUGUUCUCACGAAGAGGCUCCAGCAAACUAAGAGAGGUGUAUGAAAAGGUCUUUGAGAAGACUGCAGACAGACACAGUGAUUUUUCACGGCUGGCGAGAGUGCUCACAGGAAACAGCAUCGCCCUUGUGCUUGGGGGAGGAGGAGCCAGGGGCUGCUCUCAUGUGGGGGUAAUCAAAGCCAUGGAGGAUGCUGGAAUACCCAUUGACAUAGUGGGAGGAACAUCCAUUGGUUCGUUUAUUGGUGCUCUGUAUGCAGAGGAGAGAAGUGCUGUUCGGGUCAAGCAGAGGGCGAGAGAGUGGUCCAAGGCGAUGAAUUCUGUAUUCAAAACGGUUCUGGAUCUGACAUAUCCAAUCACAUCCAUGUUCUCUGGCUCCGCCUUCAACACCAGCAUCUCCAAAGUGUUUGAGGACAAACAAAUUGAGGACUUGUGGCUGCCUUACUUCAACGUGACCACAGACAUCACAGCUUCUGCCAUGCGGGUUCAUAAAGAUGGCUCCCUGUGGCGUUAUGUCAGGGCGAGCAUGACCCUUUCCGGGUACCUGCCACCCCUCUGCGACCCCAAAGAUGGGAACCUGCUCAUGGAUGGAGGAUACAUCAACAACCUGCCAGCGGACAUUGCUCGUAACAUGGGCACAAAAACGGUCAUCGCCAUUGAUGUGGGCAGCCAGGAUGAGACUGAUCUCUGUAACUACGGUGACUGUCUUUCUGGCUGGUGGCUGCUAUGGAAACGAAUCAACCCGUGGGCAGAAAAAGUGAAGGUGCCUGACAUGGCUGAAAUCCAGUCCCGUUUGGCCUACGUCUCCUGUGUACGGCAGCUGGAAUUGGUCAAAAAAAGCGCGUACUGCGAGUACAUUCGCCCACCCAUAGACCGCUUUAAGACCAUGGACUUUGGAAAAUUCGAUGAAAUCUAUGAUGUGGGUUACCAGUAUGGUAAAUUGGUGUUUACUGAGUGGGCUCGUGGUGACAUCAUUGAAAACAUGCUAAAAGACCAUCGAUCAGCAGACUAUAAUGAUGGCAAGAAAACAGAUUCAUGCACGUGUCCUAGCGCAGAUUUCACCGAUCUAGCCGAGAUCGUGUCCAGGAUUGAGCCAGUGCAGAGCUACGUCGGAGCCGAUGCAGAGGAGUCCGACUAUGCAACUGAGUACGAGGAGGAUGGGAUGGACCCAGUGAGAGAGGAAGAUGGUGAAGAAGAUGAGGAGGAUGAGGCUGAAGACCCUGAGGACAAUUCUCCUGGAGAUUGGGGACCAAAUGGGUUUUUUACAACAGAUGAGGAUAAGUCGGUCCGUCAGAGGAGGAAGAUCACCCGGGACUCCAACAUCUUCUCUGAGGUCUCAGACUGCUAAAAAUAAAGUUGUGCAAGGUCCAGAGGUCAAAGGGCACUGGAAAGAGAAGUAGAUCCCUACCAGGGGCAGAAGAGUAUAAAGAUCAUCACAGAAGAGAGGACUUCUGAAUUAAAAAGUUUGUUGGGAAGUCACCAAAGAUAUUGUGAUAUAGAUCCAUUAACACUACGUUAUCUACAACUUGUCACCAAAACUGUCUCCCUCUGUUGUUGUUUUGUCUCUGGGUAUUUUUGGCUCAAGACUUUACAAGGGUCCAGGGAUUUUGGGGGCCCACCAAGGAAGUUAUGGACCCACAUAAACAGGGAACUACUUCUUGAGAUACUGUGCCACUGACAAGAAGGGUUCUACCUCUUUUUUUUUAUUUUUAUUUGUUAUAGUUUUGGUAUCUUGCAUCAUAAAUGUCAAAAGGAGUAUCACGAGAAUGAUGUCUAUGGCCAUUAUACCACAAUCCUUAUGUUCUUAAACUUGGUUUUCCUGGUGUUUUUCAUACAACACCAGUUUUGUAGGAAAUGUGAAGUGUGACUGGUUUGUGAUUUUAAUUUCAUUUAAUUCUACUAAUGUGUGUGUAUGCGUGUCUACAGCCCCAAACUGAACAUUCAUUGGUGACUUUUCUUUCAUAAAAUGCCCUUAAGAAUGAAAGUGGUUUUCUGCAAAGAACCAGGAUAUGGUCUACAGUGAAGCUCUGCAGCUGAGAAUAGACUAUGCACGAUAAAGAUCUGAAAGACUUAAGAGGGACUGAUGCUGCUUCAUAGUGAGUCAAGUCACAACAUUUUCAAUAAAUUAGUUGACAGACAACAAAUCAGUUGUGACUGAUUUGCUAGUAUUUAAUUUUGAAAUGAAAUGUUUGUAGAAGUUAUGCAGAUAUAGAUAGAAUGAAGAAAUGUGGGCUAUGUUUAUAGAGGAUUGCUAGUAAUGUCUAACAAACAGAUUGAUUGCUGAAAUGGAGAGAGUGUACUAAGUGAUGCAGAGAGCGAAGAAGUGAAUGAGGUAGGAAGAGGAAAUAAAUGAGGUAGAGAUUGAGAAAGUGAACAAAGUAGGAAGCGAGGAUGUGAACAAGGUAGAGAGCAAGAAAGUUAGUAAGGUAGAGAGCAAGAAAGUGAGGUAGAGAGCGAGGAAGUUAGCAAGAUAGAGAGCAAGGAAUUGAACAAGGUAGAGAGUGAGGAAGUGAGCAAGAUAGUGAACAAGGUAGAAAGCAAGGAAAUGAAUGAAAAGUGAGUGAGGAAGUGAACGAGGUAGAGGGUGAGGAAGUGAGUUAGAGAGUGAGGAACUGAGUGAGGUAGAGGGUGAGGAAGUGAGUUAGAGAGUGAGGUAGAGAGCGAGGAAGUGAGCUACAGAGUGAGGUGGAGAGCAAGGAAGUGAGUGAGGUAGGAAGUGAGUUAGAGAGUGAUGUAGAGGGUGAGGAAGUGCAUUAGAGAGCGAGGAAUUGAGUGAGGUAGAGGCUGUGGAAGUGAGUUAGAGAGUGAGGAAGUGAGCUAGAGAGCGAGGAAGUGAGUGAGGUAGAGGGUGUGGAAAUGAGGUAGUGUGCGAGGAAGUGAGUGAGGUAGAGUGCAAGGAAGUGAGUGAGGUAGAUGGUGAGGAUGUAAACAAAGUAGGUAGGGAGCAAGAUUAUUCAUGAAGAGUUGCAUUAAUGCCAAAACUCCUGUAUGGAGGUGUGUGUGUGUGUGUGUGUGUGUUUAGCCUUGGAAUACAUAGCUACUUUUGUUUCAAGUAGACAAGGUGGAUGGCUUACUUUGUUAUUUCACAUUCACAUAGUAAAACAGGAACAAAAAAUAAUUGUAAUAUCACAUUGGAUGUGAAAAUAUUGACCGAGCCUAGCUUUAGACCACGGCAGGUUUUUCACUGGGCAGUUGGAAUUGUUAUACGCCAGGGAUGCAGACUGUCAGUGUUCAGUAAUGGAUCAGAUUUGUACUUGCAUAGACUUUCACUCCAGCCAAAUGUCACCUUUCCCCAAAGUUCAGCAACCGACACUUUAAUCAUUACCUGUACAUAUGCCUGAAACCUCAUUGUUUUUGGAAAAGAUGUACAAAUCCCUAAAUCCUUCACACUUUUGCUUCAUCUCAGCAUUUUAUUUUUAUUUAUUUUAUUUUUGCUGUGACCAACAUUUCAUGUGUUUGAAAACAGAAAAGAUUUCCCACUAUUUAAUUGAAUUUAUUUGUUUUAACACUGUCUUUUUUUAUUUUAUUUUUUUUUUACUUAAAAGCUAUCUAGAGAUAUUUAAAUUGUUUAUUACACAAGAAAAAGAGAAUAAUGAACAAUUUCUUACUUUGCUUGAUUAGCAUUUUUGCACUGAUAAUGGAAAAAAAUAUGAGGCAACAGAGGUUCAGACAUCUAACAUGUAUAGCCUCAUAAAUAAAUUCUAAAUAAAACCCUAAUAAAUAAUAAAAUCUUAUUUAAUACCA